GGAACCGGGACAUGGAACCUGCGGACGUUCUGCUCAGAUGCAUCGUCGCCUUCUGCUUUUCUGCGCAGUGCUGGGCUCAGAGACUCUGCACGGUGCAGCCCGGCCCGGUAACCAUUCCUGAGAACAACACGGCCGACGUCCCGGUGGUGAAGAUCAUCUCCAGCGGUGAUGCGACUCUGAGCGUCUCGGUGAACCCGGAGGAUCUGUUCUACAUCAAAGGCAACGUCCUGAUGGUGAAGAAAGGCCUGGAUUACGAGUCCCUGUCCAGUCCCACUCUGGUGGUUUGGGUGAAGUGCAGCAAAGCCGGAUCCAGAUCAGUGAACGAGUCUGUGGAGGUUCUGGUGGAAAACGUGAACGAUAAUCCUCCGAACUUCGCCCAGAACCACUUUGUUCUGGACGUGAACGAGCUCUCUCCAGUGAACUCCAGCGUUGGACUCAUAGAGGCAACGGAUGUUGAUUCAGAGCCGCUUUAUUAUCGCUUAGAGUCUGCAACUGAGAAAUAUUUCCGUCUGGAGAACAUCAACACACCGAAGCUCCUGGUGAAAAGCCUCCUGGACUACGACGUGGUGCAGAAGAUCUCUCUGGUGUUGCACGUUCAGGACACGUUCAACGGUUCGGCGUCCAACGAGCCGUUCUUCACCUCCGUGGCCCUGAUCACGGUCCAGGUGAGGGACGUGGACAACCGGCCGCCCUGGUUCCAGCCGUGUCUCAGGACCAACUUGGGACUGGCCAAGCUUUGCGUCAGCGGCGGCUACAGAGGCAAAGUCAACCUGACGGAGAAGGAAGAAGGCCCGUUGGUUCUGGAGCCCGGACCGGUUUUCGCCAGAGACGGAGACCGGAACCGCAGCGAGCCGAUCAGCUACAGGAUACUCCGAGGAAAUGAAGGGAAUAUAUUCCAAAUUGAUGAAGACACGGGGAACAUUACAAUGACCAAAGCUGCAGAUAUUGUUGGCCCAAUUAUUCUGUCAAUCCUGGCUUCGCAGGUGAACAACAGGGAUCAGUUUGCAGUGACUCAGGUGACCAUAGAGGUGAUGAAGAAGAGCAGGAAUCCUCCGCGCUUUGAGAAAGAGCGAUUCGAGGGAUUUAUCUACAGCAACUCCAUCCCAGAGAGCAUGAUACUCCGAGACCGGACCACCAACAGACCCUUCAGGGUCCGAGCCCGCGACGAAGACUUCGCAAGUGGUCUAAACCCCGACAUGAAGUAUGAGGUUCAGUACAGCAGCUACGUCAACGUGACUCCCGACGGCUUCGUGAUCCUGAAGAGAGUGGUGAAGACGGAGUCUUUUGCCCUUCAGCUCAGAGCCGUGGAUUCUGUCACAGGAGAGUUUGGGACUGCAGCGCUCUCCGUUCAAGUCAUACCUGCUGUGGCCGUCCCGUCUCCGUCGAACGUCGGCUAUCGGCCCGGCGACAUGGCGCUGCUCGGACUCAUCAUGGCAGCUCUCCUGGUUCUCUCCCUCAUCGUGAUUGGCUUCCUGAUUUCCCGCCUGUGGAAGGAAAACACGAGUCUCGAGAAAAUUUGUGAGUGCCUGGGCCCCCUGCGGUCCGACCGGCCCCGGUCCGGCCACAGAGACUCCCUCCAGUUCACCAACGACGGAUUCCAGAACGAAGCCGACCCGAGCCGAGGCAAACGCUGGAGCAACGUGGUUCCCCGGCGCAGCACCUUCCCCCAGCCCCGGAGCCGCAUCCUGCCGCUCGAGAGGCGGAGCCGCCACUGCUCCACCUGCGGCGUCUACGCCAACCACAUCACCAAGGGGAGCCCGUCGGUGCGGAGGAGCAGGAGCGACGGCGACGAGUACGGGAUGAGGUCCAUCCUGUCCAAGCAGCGCCGCAAGGAGGGGCAGAAGACGGUGUGGUUCAAGGAGAGCGAGGAUUCCUCGGACAUCGAAGUGGAGAUCAUCCCCGACUGGGGCCGGGUGGAGGAGGAGACGGAGGAGCAGCUGGAGGUGGAGAUGGAGGGGGUGGUGAGAGACCCCGCCGCCCCGCUCAGAGACCCGGAGCUGGAGAAGCAGAGCGACGAGCCAGAUCCGGGAGACGGCUCGGAGAAGGAGCAGGAGGAGGAGCGCUGAGGUCAGAGGUCAGACUGGGCUGAACAUUGCUGGUUUUGUGAUACGGUUCAGACUCUGGUCCAGCAGUUCCAGGACGGCGUUCCCAGGAUUCCCAGAGCUGCUUCCAAACAGGAACCCACAGAUCGGAGCAGUUUUUAUCCGCAGGUCCGGAAACGCGGCGUCACCGACCGGGACCGGAAACUCGUUAGCGAGGAAAAGGGAACCUGGGACGCCCGUUUCCUCACAGUGUUGGGAGACAAUUUUUAUAAUAAAAACAAAACGGAAGGAGCUGAAGGAUUUAUUUAUGGCAGCGCAAAUGCAAAACAACAAAAAAAAAAACACUCCACUAAACAUUUAACAGUCUAAAAUGGUUGCGUGUUAAAUUGGUGUCAUUUUUUAAGGCAGCAGAAAAAUAAAUUCCUAAUUCACUGAACAAAUGAUUUGAUGCUUUUUUCCUCAGUUUAAAAGCAAAUAUUGGAAUGGUUUGGACUCAAAAGAAAAAUUAGAAACAAAUGUGCAGAGAAACUGAAACUGAUUCCACACUGGCGCCAUCAGUAGGAAAAAUAUACAAAUCAAAUCCCCAGAAAGGAUUCAGAAUAGAGUUGGGGGAGGACCCAGUUCGGCCCGUUUGGCCAAAGAACUCUGGUUCGGUUCGAAUGCAUAUGUGAACGCCAAGCGGACCAGAGAUCGCUCCAAAAGCAGGAAGUGGACGACAGCACUGUGGGAGAAAUGGCUUUGAACAAAUACCAGGUUAUUGAAACAGCUGAACAGAACCAGAACACAAGACGUUCUUUU